AUGGAAGUGACUGGCUAUUGGCGUUCAGAAUUUGCUAAGGCAAGCGCCAUUGGGGGCCAAGGCCGCAGCGAGUCGGCUCUGAAUAGCCCGACGGAACCGGACGUGUCGCUUGCGGCCUCCCUCACCGACCCCCUGGAGGCCCACACCCUGGACGAGGCCAGGAGGACUAUAAGGGAUUUAAGGAUGAAGUAUCGUGCUCAAGCGCACCAGUUAUUGACAUGGCGUCGUGCACACCGCACUCAAGAGGAACUGGUGACCCGCCUGCAGCGAGAGAAGGCGGAGCAACUCAAGUCCCUCUCCAGCCAGCUGUUGCUGUUCGAGUCGCGGCUCGUACGCAAGCAGAAAGAGAUAACCACAAUGCUUGCUUUACGAGACACAAUCAUCAUGAAGCAACAAAAAGUUAUAGAAUCCCUACAAGCCAAACUACUAGAUAACGGCAUAGACACAUCCCAAACUAUCCCCGACUUCAGAGAUUUAUUACAAGAUACCCAUAUCACAGGAGACUUCGAUUCUCUUAAUGAUUCCGACUCCGCUGUGAUCAUGGAAGACGUCGAUUCCGAUUGUAGUAACCUGCCGCACAUACCGAGAUUCAGAUCAGCCAACCCUGAUAGCGUCACAAUAGUCAGGUCGAUAUCGGAUGCCAUCGAUCCUAACCUUAAGUAUAGUAUUGUUAGACGUUCAAACGGCUUUUUGCGACGGCCAGAAAUAUUGGAGACAGUUUACAGUGUCGAAGAAGAAGCUGACGGCGAUUCUACCAAAGCUCUAAGCGCUCAGAGCAGCACCGAAAAGGAACUGAAGGACGCCAAUAAAACAGACGAAGAGAAAUGCAAAGAGACGACACUUCUCGCUCAGAGACGUGACAAUUUCCGAAUGAGAAGCGUCGUGUUAACCGCCGAAGUUAAGAGCAUCGAUAGCGAUAAAGACCAGAAAGCCCAAAAGCCUAAGAACUUGUGGUCUUACAGUUAUGUGCCAAAAAGAAUGACUCCUGCCAACGAUUCUGAUGAGGAAGUGACGUCCAACCCUGAGAGCGACGAAGGCGAUCCAGAGCCCAGGGCGAACCACGUAGUUACUUACAACCGAGUCAUGUCCAACCACAGAAACGUGACCAAGCCUAAAGACGUUAAGUAUAAGAGAAUAAACAAAGCCAAGUCUAAGAGUUUAGAAGAAUUGCGCGGUAGGUUAAAGAAUUGGGUCGAGAAAGGUAGCAAUAAGCUGUCGAAUAUACCGCUCGAGCACGCCCAAAGUUACGCUUGAACUACCCAAAGUUCCUUUUAAUUAAUGCUACGUGUGACAUAGAGGAUGAAAUUACGUGAACCUUUGCAACCUGAGGAGUAUGGCGGAGUUGCUUGGUAUCAAUGUAAAGUACACAGUCAAUGAAUCACAAAAAUACACGUUCGUAGAUUAAGUUAACUUUUUUAAUAAAUAGGGUUGUACCUAACAGCUUUACGUGAACGAGGCAUAUUAUUAUAAUGAUACUCUAUUCUUGAUACUUGAACCUAUUGUAAAUAUUUUUUCUUAUGCGCAUUGAUUGGAUUGCGAUCAAUCUAGAUUAAGUUUAUUGAUGAUGAUCCAUGCGAUAUUCUUCUCAGAUUUCUAUUGAUUUUGAUUUUCAAGUUAAUAAGACGUUUUUUUUUCUUAUUUUAGUAAAUUUAUUACAAUUGACGAUUACCUAUUAUGUACAUCAUUAUAUCAGCCAUACGAUGCCCACUGCUGAGAAGAGGCCUACUAUAGUUAGUUUAAAUAAUUAACAUGUCAAUAGAAACCUGUGGAAAACCAGGCAGGAGCAAAUGUUGCGCUGACUGAUUUUGCGUAUUUCACUAUAAGACAAAAAAUAUAAAAAAUAUAUGUAUAAGUAUGUUGUUUUAAAUCGCUUUAAUGUCGGAAUUGAAAAGUUGUUAUUCUGUGAUUCUCGUUUUUUUUUGUUAAUCCAUAUAUAUAUCUCAUUUCGUAUGAGAUAAUUAGAAAAAGAAAAAUAAAUAUUUUAAUUUAAUAUAUUUGAACCGUAUCAGAAAAGUCAUAAUUUGUCAAAAUUAGUAAUUAUUAUAGUAUAAAUGAAUAUUUAUUAUACGAAAACAAUCCCAGUGCCAAUCUUAUUAAUGUUAAUAUUUUUUUUGUCAAAUUAAUAACUAGUAAGUACCUAGUAUUUUAUCUAGAUAUACAGAAUGUUGAUUUGGUAUUAAUUUAAUUGAAAAAACAAAAAUCAUUUGAUCAUUAUUAUACACUCGCAAUGUUGUGUAUUUUUCUGUGAGCUACAUUUUUAUUAAAGUGUUUGCGUUCAUUAUAUUCGGUAUGUAUUCGAUUUCACAAUCCAUUACCUAUUUUAAUAUUGGUCGCGCUCAUCGCAGCCGUCAUGAAAAUAAGGAAUCUUCUUCUUCUUUUGGAAUCAUUUUCAAGGAAUCAUUUUGCAAUCUACAACCACAGAGUAAUCAAAAACACAGAAUGAGAAAGACUGGUUGCUUCUGCCAAAACUUUUACAUAGAUGAAAUAAUUAUAGGUUUAUCGAGCGAUUAAGAAAUUCAAUGUACAGUCAACAGAGCACCUGGUCACCACAAACUGUGGAAUGGUUGCAAGUGAUUUUGAACCCAAUUUUGAACGCGUUAAGAGAAAAAUCGAUUAGUGAUAUUUUUCAGUUACGUCUCUAUCGUAACGCUCGACGUGCUCUGUAGGAACCCACCCACUUUAUGAGAUUCAUUAAGAAUUGAAGAAAUCUUCAAAAUUUACUUUCCACUGAAUUCACACCAGUAUCUUUUAUGAAUGCG